AUGAAAUCACGUCUUUGUAAUCUCAAGCUUUACAAGUUUGAUGUACCUUUUGAGUCUGAUGUCGGAGUUAUGGUACUAAGUUUUAAAGGUGUACACGAGUGUGAACGGUUUCAGUUGACGCGAUACACAGGAAGAAAACAAAGAGGAGGUUCAAAAGCUGGAUUGUCCAAAGCAUUCAUAGAUAUGGUCGAUUGGUCGAUCAUGAUGGAACAUGAGUCCCACAUAGCUAAUCAUAUCUUCGACUAUAUUGUCUCCAAUUUCUCGUUCAAGGAUCUUGAUACCGUACCUCCCGCAGUUUGGUGAAGAUCAUCUAGACUCGUACCAAUUGCUCCACCAACGACAGAGAUAGUAGAUUGUUACCAAAGUCAAGAAUUGUGUUGUAUAUGAAAAGGGUAUCCGAAAGAAGAUGAGAUUGUUCAUAAAACAAAAUGCAAUCACAUUUUCCACGCAACUUGUAUCUCUCGUUACUUGUUGCACACUCCUCGAUGUCCUCUUUGCUCCGUAGAGUUGCCACCUGUCGACAUCCGAACUCUUCUCUUCUUCUAA